CGGAGUCUGGCCCGAGUUGGCGGGAGCCGCUGCCAUGACGAGCAAUUUCUUAAGCAAGCUCUGCUGUUGAGACCGUCUAAAGCCGGGAGUUGAAGGGGCGGGCUGGGGGGCACGAAGUUCCUGGGGAAUAACCCCUCCGAGGAGAGCAAGGUCGGAGACGGCCGCCGGCUCCCCCGCGCCCGUUUCUUCAGGAGCCUGAGAGGUCCUUCCCUUUGGGAGGGCCGGGGCAGGAGACCCAGCCCGCUCCCGGGCCGUAGCUGAGGAGGCAGGAGAGACCAGCCGGCAUCUCCGGCGUGGUUGCCACACUGGGGAGACCGGUGGGUGGCCAUCCCCACCCUACUCCUGUCCACGGAAACCCGGGGCGAGAGUCCCGCGCGGAGAAGCCUGGAUCUUUGCUGGAAAGAGAGAGAUCCAGUUGUCUUCGGUAUCCAAGGAGCCCUCCUCUUCCUCCUCCUCCUCCUCCUCCUGCCGCCUCUCUACCACGGCAGUUGCUGGUUGUUGCUUAGGUUGCCUCCAUGGUAACGUGCACAUCCUGUUUACCCCUCCAUCUGGGCAAGUUGAUCUAAUAAGGAACCUACCUACCAUGGACAACCGCUGCCAUCACCACCUGGGGACACCACUCAUUGUGACACGUGGUCCGGCUUCCAUUUAGUUCCCCCAUCCUCUUCCUCCUCUCGCUGCCAAGCUUUUCACACACACCAAAAGGAUCUGGGCUGGAGGCUGCUGCUCUGAAGCUUAUUGCACAAGAUAUAGUCGAUCUAUUUCCCAGCCGAGCUCCCAGAGAAGCAAGAAGUAGGAAGAAGUGAGGCGGAGAGUCAAGAGACCCCGACCAGUGGAAGGCAGACCUCACAUUUUCUCUGGUCGAGGGGCUUGGUAACAGCAGGCAAAAUGACGAACCCAUCAGGACACGCCUUGCCGGCCAACUCGAUAGCUGAGAGCCGUGACAGGGAUUUUGGCUGCACAGUAAUGGACCUGAGGAGGCUCAUGGAGCUGCGUUCAACUGACGCAAUAAACCACAUCAACGCCCACUACGGAGGUGUGAUGGAUCUCUGCGCUGAACUGAAAACCAACCCCGUGGAAGGUCUAUCUGGGAACCCUACAGACCUAGAAAAACGUAAGCAAGUGUUCGGGCAGAACUUUAUCCCCCCGAAAAAGCCCAAGACCUUCUUACAACUAGUGUGGGAAGCCCUUCAGGACGUCACACUCAUCAUCCUGGAGAUCGCGGCCAUCAUCUCCCUGGUCCUGUCCUUCUACCGCCCCCCUGGGGAAGAGAACGAGCAGUGUGGUCUAGCCGUAAGUAGCUCAGAAGACGAAGGGGAGGCGGAAGCCGGCUGGAUUGAGGGGGCAGCCAUCCUGUUCUCUGUGAUCAUCGUGGUGCUAGUGACUGCCUUCAAUGACUGGAGCAAAGAGAAGCAGUUCCGCGGGCUGCAGAACCGCAUCGAAAAGGAGCAGAAAUUCUCCAUUAUCCGAAAUGGUCACAUCAUCCAGCUCCCGGUGGCUGAGAUCGUGGUGGGUGACAUUGCCCAAAUCAAAUACGGCGACCUGCUGCCUGCAGACGGGAUCCUGAUCCAGGGGAAUGAUCUCAAGAUUGACGAGAGCUCUCUGACCGGGGAAUCGGAGCAUGUCAAGAAGUCCCUGGAAAGAGACAUCAUGUUGCUCUCAGGGACCCAUGUCAUGGAGGGUUCUGGCCGGAUGGUAGUGACUGCUGUGGGUGUCAACUCCCAGACUGGAAUCAUCUUUACCCUCUUGGGGGCCAGUGAGGGAGAAGAGGAGAAGAAGAAAAAAGGUAAAAAACAAGGAGUCUCUGAAAAUCGCAACAAAGCAAAGACUCAGGAUGGGGUGGCCUUGGAAAUCCAGCCACUCAACAGCCAGGAGGGGCUCGACAGCGAGGAAAAGGAGAAAAAGGCAGCCAAGCUGCCCAGAAAGGAGAAGUCGGUGCUGCAGGGCAAGCUGACGCACUUGGCUGUUCAGAUUGGGAAAGCUGGUCUGAUCAUGUCUGCAAUCACAGUGAUCAUCCUGAUUCUGUACUUUGUGAUCGACAACUUUGUGAUACAUCGCAGACCGUGGCUAGCUGAGUGUACCGCCAUCUACGUCCAGUAUUUCGUCAAGUUCUUCAUCAUUGGCAUCACUGUGCUGGUGGUGGCUGUGCCAGAGGGGCUGCCGCUGGCCGUCACCAUUUCACUGGCUUACUCUGUGAAGAAAAUGAUGAAAGACAAUAACCUGGUGCGGCACUUGGAUGCUUGUGAGACCAUGGGCAACGCCACGGCCAUUUGCUCUGACAAGACAGGCACGCUGACCAUGAACCGCAUGACUGUGGUGCAGGCUUAUAUCGGAGAUACCCGUUACCAUCAGAUCCCAAGCCCCGACGUCCUCGUGCCCAAGGUGCUGGACCUCAUUGUCAAUGGCAUUUCUAUCAACAGUGCCUAUACCUCCAAGAUUCUGCCUCCGGAGAAGGAGGGGGGCCUGCCGCGGCAGGUGGGCAACAAGACGGAGUGCGCGCUGCUGGGCUUUGUCACGGACCUGAAGCAGGACUACCACGCGGUGCGCAGCGAGGUGCCCGAGGAGAAGCUGUACAAGGUGUACACCUUCAACUCGGUGCGCAAGUCCAUGAGCACCGUCAUCCAGAAGCCCGGCGGCGGCUUCCGCAUGUACAGCAAGGGCGCAUCUGAGAUCAUCUUGCGCAAGUGUAACCGCAUCCUGGACAAGAAAGGGGAAGCAGUGCCGUUCAAGAGUAAGGACCGAGAUGAGAUGAUACGCACUGUCAUUGAGCCCAUGGCCUCCGAGGGACUCCGGACGAUCUGCAUAGCUUACCGGGAUUUCAGCGUAGAGCCCCUGUGGGACAACGAGGCCGAAAUCCUCACUGAGCUGACCUGUAUCGCAGUGGUGGGCAUUGAGGACCCCGUGCGCCCGGAGGUACCAGACGCAAUUGCCAAAUGCAAACGGGCAGGCAUCACUGUCAGAAUGGUGACGGGUGACAAUAUCAACACGGCCCGGGCCAUCGCCACCAAAUGUGGCAUUCUGACACCUGGGGACGACUUACUGUGCUUAGAAGGCAAAGAAUUCAAUCGACUCAUCCGCAACGAGAAGGGCGAGGUAGAGCAAGAAGAGCUGGACAAAAUCUGGCCUCGACUCCGAGUCCUGGCGCGAUCUUCCCCCACUGACAAGCAUACCCUGGUGAAAGGCAUCAUUGACAGCACUGUUGGGGAACAGCGACAGGUGGUGGCUGUCACUGGUGAUGGCACGAAUGAUGGGCCAGCUCUGAAGAAAGCCGAUGUUGGCUUUGCCAUGGGCAUCGCAGGCACGGAUGUGGCAAAGGAGGCAUCAGACAUCAUCCUAACAGACGACAACUUCACCAGCAUCGUGAAGGCCGUGAUGUGGGGGCGGAACGUCUACGACAGCAUCUCCAAGUUCCUGCAGUUCCAGCUGACUGUCAACGUGGUGGCUGUGAUUGUGGCCUUCACUGGGGCCUGUAUCACUCAGGACUCCCCUUUGAAAGCCGUGCAGAUGCUGUGGGUUAAUCUCAUCAUGGACACUUUCGCCUCGUUGGCCCUGGCCACCGAGCCCCCUACGGAUUCCCUGCUGAAGCGUCGCCCCUACGGCCGGAACAAGCCACUGAUCUCACGCACUAUGAUGAAGAACAUUUUGGGCCACGCAGUCUAUCAGCUCACUGUCAUCUUCUUCCUCGUCUUCGCUGGUGAGAAGUUUUUUGACAUCGAUAGUGGGAGGUUGGCACCCCUCCAUUCACCUCCCAGCCAGCACUAUACCAUCGUCUUCAACACCUUCGUGCUGAUGCAACUCUUCAAUGAAAUCAACUCCCGCAAGAUCCACGGAGAGAGGAAUGUCUUUUCAGGCAUCUUCCACAACCUCAUCUUCUGCUCUGUUGUCUUGGGCACAUUUGUCAGCCAGAUUCUCAUUGUGGAAUUCGGGGGGAAGCCCUUCAGCUGUACGAAGCUCACCCUGUCCCAGUGGCUCUGGUGUCUCUUCAUCGGCAUCGGAGAGCUGCUGUGGGCCCAGAUCGUCUCCACGAUACCUACCCAAUCCCUGAAGUUCCUGAAGGAAGCUGGGCAUGGCACCACCAAAGAGGAGAUCACCAAGGAUGCUGAGGGGCUGGAUGAGAUUGACCAUGCGGAGAUGGAGCUACGCCGAGGCCAGAUCCUCUGGUUCCGGGGCCUGAACCGCAUCCAGACUCAGAUCGACGUAAUUAACACAUUCCAGAUGGGAGCCUCUUUUCAGGGAGUCCCAAAGCGCCAGACCAUGAGUCAACACCUUGAUGUAAAACAUGUUCAUAGAUCCUAUGUCACAGUUGCACCAGUCAGAUCUUCCCCCAGCACUUCUGGCGCUGCCGCUGUUUCAUCUUCUGCUCUAGGCAAUCAAAGUGGUCAAAGCAUUCCAUAGUUCCCUCCAUGAAAGCAUUCAGAAACCCAUGAACCAGAACUCCAUCCACAACUUCAUGACCCACCCCGAAUUCGCCACAGAUGAGGAGGGGCCACGGACACCACUCAUGGAUGAGCAAGAAGAGGAAGGUCUUGAGAAGUUUUCUAAGCCUGGGACUAGCAUGGCCCCGUCGGAUGGUGAGGUCACUCCGUAUGCCAACAAAAACAACAACGCGGUGGACUGCAGCCAAGUGCAGGUUGCUGCCUCCCACUCGGACAGCCCUCUGCACAGCCUGGAGACAUCAGUUUGAACUGGGUUCUCUGACUCCCGUUCCUGCUCACCCUGUUGCCCUUGGUAUCUCUCCCUUCAGUACGGUGAGAAUGGGACUUCUCACUGUCACGUCAGCUGCUCCCAAGCGUGUCUGAACCCCCACCUGACCGUGAAGAGGGAAGAGCACAGACCUACAAGGAUUUUGACUUAAACUUGAGUUGGGGUUUGUAGCAGGACCCUGUUCAACCCCAAGUAGGUAACGAAUGGUAGAAUCGACCCUUUAGGUCUAUCAGUUGUCACUUUUAAAGAAGUGUUGACAAUCGUCUUGGCAUCUACCCCAGCCCAGAUGCUCCCCAGUAUUCACAUCUAUGUCACCAGUCUCCUGACGUCUGGGUUUUUGACCCUAUGCGUCUGCGCCGUUGACAAGCUCAUUUAAGGGUUCAGAGCCACAAACCUGCUCACAUGAAAUGUGUUCAGGUGGGAAUGGAAGGUGUAGACGCAGCUGAGGGAGUGAUUGUUUUAAAACAAUUUUUCCAUUUUGAAAACUUACACCUAGAGCACUACACCUUUUCUGCCCUUCCAGCCCGACCUCCCCGCAGCCUCUCGGUCUCUUGUGACCAUUGUUUUCCUUGGCUUCCUUCUUUUUUUUUUUUUAAAGUUGUAAUGAUUCAGAAAAUGGAAAGGGUGUGGAUGAAUGGAGUAGACUUAAACCAUCCUCCCUUAUGGCCCCAGUGGAACCCCUGAUUUAGCUCUAGAGGCAAAUAGGUUUCUUUGCUAACAGGGUCCUUGGGAAGCAAUCGAGAGCUGGUAAGAAUGUGUUCCUGCUGUUGCCAGGUUAUCUACUUUUGAAACAUUUUGAUUUUGAAAAUAUGCAUCCAAAGUGGGAAGCUCCAGUGACACUUUGCUGACUUAAAGGAGCAAAGGAGCCACCCUGAGAAGCCCCUCCCCUCCCUCCCUCCCUCCCUCCCUCCCUCAGUGGGGGGAGGUGGAGCCACGUCUUAGGACCUCUAUUUUCCUCCUUGCUGGUGGUGACGUGCGCUCUCCUGUGCAGGGGCAGCUCAUGUCUGCCAGUUCCUGUCUCCUACGAGUAAGUGGAGCCUGCCCUGCCCUUCCUGGAGUGGUGGGAGUAGGGAGGAGGGGCUCGAGGCUCUUACGAACUGCCAUGUUUCCAUCUGGGAGAGUCAGGUGCCCGAAACCUAUCCUCUCCAGCCUUUCCUUCCUCCCCCCUCCCCCUUUUCAUCUGAGCUGUCCUAGGACGGAAGAACUAAAGGAGCAGUCCCCCCGACACAUCCCAUUACUACACAGUCCACCAGAUUUGAUUUGGGUUUGUAAAGGUUCCAUGCUUCAGCGAUCUUCUCUCUGUCUUAAAUGCUCAUGGGGGAAAAAACAGCUCAACCCACGCUGUUAGGUGUUCACAUAUAUAUUUAUUAAUUACAUUGGAAGAUUUAGUUCUGUCGAGUCUUAUAUUACCUCAGAUCAGUGUUUAGAAUAAACUCUGGAGGCUGUUUAUUCAUUCCUGCUCCCAAAAGACUCUCACGGUGCCUGUUUAAAGUCAAUGGUUGUGUGUGUGUAUUCUAGUUUCCAUAGUAAGAGAGAAAACAGAAAUAUGCAAAAAAUAUAGUUUUCUUUAGAUCAGAAACUGAUAGUUUUUGAGUUAGCCAUGUGUAUUUUGUUUAAAGGAAUUAAAAUAAAGUGCUGUCGUGUAAGCCUGGGGAGGGGAGCACAUAACCAGCAGUUAGACAUGACAGGUUUUGUCAUUUUGUCAUUGGUUUUAGAACCAAUGCACCAUAUUCCUUUUCUCCAAACAGCCAUCUUUAUACUGAAGGGGAAAAAAAAUUUGUUGGGUUCUAGAAUUUUUUUAAUAUAAAUUUUGUUGACAUGGAAUUAAGUUGAAGUGUUUAUGUGCAUAUUUUUUAUGUAAGUUUUUUUUUCUAUUUAGUUUCAGUGAUCCAGCUGACAGUAAAUAAAUAUGGAAGAAGUUAAUAAAGCUUCCCCCCAAAAUGGUGCUUUGGAUCUGAAAAGAGUCUGAUGGGGAAAAGGGAAAAAUAUUAUCCUAGAUUAGAUUCUUCUUUGAAAAACCUAGAAAAAUGGGCAGUAGAUCACUGCUGGGAAGGAAUGCAGCCAGGAAGAAGGCACAGCCGGCAGGAAGCGAGUGUGCACCCCCAUGGAGAUGGGUACCAGGCACUAGUGAUCAGGACCAGGGACCUCGGUUAGACUUGCAGUUUGUGAACAGCUGUCAGAGUGGUACCCAAGACACUGGCUGCCAGGAUGCUCUGAUUGGGGGUUUGCAUUUUUUAUGGUUCUUUUACCUCCUGUUGCCCCUGGGUUUUUCCAUUAGUGAUUUAUUUCUUUUGGCAAGGAUCUGAUUUGAGAUUUCUUCCCCUCCCCUAGAAAAGUUUCAUACAAUCUAUUAGAUGAGAGAUAGAACCCUAAGUGGAAAAAUAAAGGCUGGUUCCAGCCCUAGAUGACAGUGUGGGGGCUAGGUCCUUCCCAGAGGUGUCCUCUGCCCUCUGAAAUGAUUCCCUCAUCUCUAAGGCGGUAGAGACACCACUGAGAAGUCCCUCUGGCACUUGUAAGUUCUUCUCCCAGCUGAGCUUCAGAAGGGAGAGCUUGCCCAGUGAAAUCUGAGUGAUUACCUCACUGCCGAAAACCCAGAGGGCCGUGGCAAGCUCACGUGUGCCGGACACCUCUAAAUACAUCACUUCCUUUCUUGCUUGCUUUCCUUGCCUCGUGAUCGAAGCAGCCUAUGAUGCCAACACAGGGUGCACCCUCCCUCACUCCUCACUCCUCACUCCUCGGAACUGGGGACCACCUCACUGCAGUGGGGGAGGGGGGCGGGAAGGCGAGGGGCACUUCUAAAUGCCUGCUCUUCUUAAGCCAUUCCAGCCUCUUCCUCAGAAUAGACCAGACACCCUUGCGCUGAGCUCAGUGCCGGCCUUUACCUUCCCGGCCCUGCUGUCAGGUCUGCGGUCCGCUUUCCUCCGAGACGGAGGGCGGUGGGCGCCCCCUGAUGGAACUGGCCUUUGGUUCAUGUUUUCUCCCCAUAUGUGAAUAUGCCAUAUAUGUGUGCCAACAAAUCUCUCUCUGUUCUUUUCAAAUCAGCACGCAGAUAGGAAUUUUGAGUUUCUUUCUUUCUUUCUUUCUUUUUUUAAGUAACUAGUAUAACAAGCACUGGUAUCUUUGUAUAAAAGGGAGAAACAAGACAAAAGAUUGGCCAUUGUGGUCUGCAUGACUUAACAAACAAAUGAUGAUAUGAAAGCAAUGCGUACCCCAGUGUGUGUUGCCAUAAUUUGCAGUUCAGGCAAACAGAGCGCCCCUCCUGCAUUUGCAUUUUGAUAUUAUUUAAGCUCUCUGUAUAAUGUUUUGCAUGUAGUUAUAUGAUUCUUAGGGAAAAAAUACGCUAAAAAUUGGCAAAUCUGAAAUUCAAAUAUGCUGUUCCACUGAGACGGGAAAAAUAGAAGGGGAGUUUUAAAAAAAAAGGGAAAAAAGGAUACUUUUUUGGAACCAAUAAAGCUGUUGCUGAUGAGCAAAAACAACACUGUUGUGCACUGAGAAUAAAAAUCCGUGCCCACUUGUAA